UCGACCAACCUUAGAGUUGGAAGUUCGAUUCUCACUAGGGUUUUUCGGGAAAGAGUUUACCUUACCAUCCCCUAUUCUCAAAAGUAUCUUCCCGCAACCGAAACCAGGUUAAAUUGCAAGAACUUUUGAUCUUCCAAAACCUUCAUUUACCCAUAAGACCCACCCAAAAAAAAAAAAGCAAAAUACAGGUUUAAACUUGAAUAAGUUGAGUCUUUCUCACUCCUCAGACCUCACGCUGCACCUCCGUAUUACUCCAACCCCACUCGUGUCUUAAUGUUUCCGUCCUCCGCUCGCCCACCGAUUUUUUGAGAGGUUAAAUUUUUUGAAUAAUUUUGCGAUGGUCUGUUUUAAAAAUUGGGCAAUGUGUAUGAUGCUCUUAUUAGGCCUAAUAAUUUCUAAUUAAACAUUUCAGCCCAAGCUUACGGUCAGUCCAACUACACAUGAUCAACCUCAUCUGCCCACAGUCAAUUCCCCUGCUGUCCUUGCCACAUAUUCGCCGAUGUUCACCCCCACCAAGUUGCAGCACAAAAAACUUCUUUAAUUUACCCCAAAUCAAAAUCAAGACCAAAACAAGACCACUUAAGAGACCCAACAAUCUCUGUGUGAGUAGAGAGAAAGAAAACAUCAUCCUCAGUGUUGAAGAAACCUCAAAUUUUUUCUGCUCCAUUUUCACAAACAUGUCGUGGGCAAAACUGAAAGCUGCAAUAGGCCAACGAUUCAAUCUCGAGGGCAUCAUUUUUGCUUUGAGAAUCCUCACAAAGGACCCUGAUUUGCUUCUUUCUCACCUCAAAGUCCCAAAUAUACGUUAUAUAAAUUGGGAAGAACUCCAUCGUAGGGGCUUCAAAGGGGUUGUUUUCGACAAGGAUAACACAAUCACCUUACCUUACUCUUUGAACUUAUGGGACCCACUAAAGGUUUCCUUAGAGAAAUGCAAAGCUGUCUUCGGUGAAGAGAAUGUUGCUGUGUUCAGUAACUCGGUGGGGCUAUAUGAGUUUGACCCGGACGAGUCAAAAGCGGAGGCGUUGGAGAGAGAAAUGGGGAUCAGAGUAAUAAGACAUAGGGUGAAGAAGCCAGCUGGAAGUGCAGAGGAAAUAGAGAAGCAACUGGGUUGUCAAUAUAUGGAGGUUGUUAUGGUGGGUGAUCGCCGGUUCACUGAUAUUGCUUUUGGGAACCGGAAUGGUUUCCUGACUGUUUUUACUGAACCACUGACUGGUGAAGGCGAGAACUUCGUUGUAAAGAUGGUUAGGAAGUUUGAAGAGUAUGUGGUUGAGAAUCGGUUUAGGAGAGGUUUGAAGGUUAGGAAUCACUGUCUUUUGGCUACUUGUGAAGUUAAUUUGCUUUGUUUAAAUGAUCCCUUGUAGCUUAUGGUGAUUUACUACAGUUUGUAGGAUUUGUUCUUUUAUAAUAUUGUUUUACUAUGAAAGUUUCUUCA